CCAUUGUCUUCCCGUCCCCAUCGCUGUCCCCCAGGCAGCUGCUCUCGGGAGAGCUGCCACACAUCGGAUUAGCGAUGGGUACGUUUAGGAGAAUUAAAUCUAUAGAUAAUUAACUUAGUGUGAUAUAGCAGUCAAAGCAGUAUUACUGCAAGGGCCCGUCCAACUUCAAAUUAUAUCAAAGGGGAACAGAGCCGAGGUACUUCUGUGCACACAGGUCACCCUUCCUUCAAAUAACAGCCAUUGGCUUCCCUUACUGGGCCUUAGGUACUGCCUAUCCCAACUGAGGUGACUACAAACAUAAACAGUAGCCACAGCCAUGGUGACAAUCCCAGCUAUGCUAGGCUCCUUUGCUGUAUUGUAUUGACAGGCUGGCACCACCCCACAGCUACCAGCAUAGCAACUGGAAACUCCAAAUGCCAGUUUAGUUCUUUCCAUUGAGGACACACAAGUAGCCAGCACGCUCCAGGUAAACCGUACCCUUUCUGGAACACCAGCUGCUCCUCAUGAUGACAGAUAUGGGGUUUUUCUCCUGUCCCAACUGUGAGAUGGGAUUUCGCUCCAGGCGGCUGCUAGAGAAGCACAUGGGGAAAUUCUGCAUUGGGGGAGAAACAGCAGCUGCAACCGAUGCCAGAGACCGGAACAGGCAAGCCCUACAUAAGGGGAAAGAACCUAAGAAGACAGAGACACCAGACAGCAUGUAUCAUCAUCUGCAAGAGCCAAAAGCAAAGAAGCACCACUUAAGACACUGGGAAGAUCAGGCAUGGGAGCAACAAGCACACCACUCCAGAAGUUUGGAUUAUACAGGAAGCAUUUCAGACAGCCAGGCCUUGAAGAAGCUGACAGAGGAGUUCCACAAACUGAGGAUGUCCCUAGAGGGCACACUUCCAACAUUCAGGUCCUUCCAGACAGAGAAUGACAACAGCCAUCAAGUACUCCACCAGCAGGAAUACUGGCAGCGCCAGCAACAGCUAGCAGAAGCGCAUGAGCGCCAGUUGGCUGAUAUACAAGCCAGGAACCAAUAUCUGGAACAGCAGAAGGAGGAGAUCCGCAGGUGUCUUUCGGAGUUGAAACGAGGGGAUUCAGCUACCUCUCACAUUGAACAGCUAUUGGUAGAGCUGAACACUCAGGAGGGGAAGAACCAACUUGCUCUGGAUGCUUUGCGGAAACAGGUGGGACUUCUGCAGGCAGCAGCAGAAAGCAGAAGCAAACCAGAACCUCCCACCAAUAUGAGGGCAGACAGUUCUGUGGAGAAGAUGGGGGAGAAGGCCAUCAUCAAGUCAGUGUCAUUUCCUGCAGCUGUUGGACCUCUCUCUUCAGAAAUACAGGCCUUGUAUUUGGCUUAUCUGCAGAAUGGAGGCAGUGACCACAACAUCAUAAAUCAGAUGUAUGAGCUACAGAUGGAGACCACAGCAUUGGAGAAAGCUGGAGCAAGGCCUGAACAUAAAGGCAGAAAGAAGAAACAUAAAGAUAGCCCCAGCACCUAUCAGCGGGGUUUGGAUGCUGAACUACUGUCCAUUGAGUUGGAGAAUCAGCGUCUGGAGGAUGAAAUUUUCAGGCUGAAGAUCGUGAGAGACCGAAGAAUGGAGGAUGGAUCUUUGGACAAAGAGCUGGCUCAGCAGCAGCGGGUACAUAUGGCAGCAAUGGCUCAGCUGCAUACUGAGAUUGGCAGGAUGAGGUAUGACAUAGAGAGGAUGAAGCCAAGGCCACCCAGAAGGGGGUCACCACCCCUUUUGCCUCCUCCAGUGGCUCCACCCCUGCCACCUCCUCCCCCUCACCAUCUCCGUGGGCUUCCUGACACCAGGUUCCCAACUACCAACAUGGACCGUGUGGGAUCAUCUGGCACAUCUGUGAACCAGUACUUCCUGGAUCCCUCUGAUGUCCUGGGACCAGCUCCAUAUGAUCCAGCAUCUGGUUUUGUGAUAUUUUAUGAUUUCCUUUUGGGCCUGGAUCCCACAUUCUACCAAGUUCGCCUGGUUUCCGGCCUGUACCGUAAUGGACAAGAGCUGGGCAAACCCACCCCAUUGCCUAUAGUCUCCUCAGAUAUGGGCCAGUCCCCACAGUAUGUGAUGGAUGGGCAAAGGGGGAGCUGUGCCAUCUUAGCAGCCAGGCAGCCAGUCCCAAGAGUCCUCCCUUCAACUUCCAUCAGCCUGGUCACUGAGCUUCAAGCCUCUGGAGGCUUUGAUGCUUAUGGGCUGGAAAUCCAGAAUUUAGCCCCCAGGGGGUGGACCAAAAUUAACAUCUUUGACCAUUUGCAUCAAGUGAUGAGUGGGCGCUGGAAGAUUCCUGUUCGGGUGCUUCCUGUUAAGCCUGGCCUUACUCCAGAACAGUUAAACGGUGUACCCCAGGCCAGCAAAGCAGAACUUUAUUUGCGAUUGGUGAAUGCGAGAGAUGCUGACAUGCAGUCAAUGGCAGAGAUCCACCCUGGCAAUGCCCCCAUGUACAAAUAUGCUCCCACAGUAUCCAGUUGCACAGCACCCCCUGCAGACUUCCCUCCGGCCCAGCGCCCUUUCCACCCUGCCCCCAUCAGUCUAUCCUUUUCUGUUCCCCCUUACACUGGCUUUGUUGACCCUCCUCCUGUUCAAGAGCAGCCUCUCCAUCUAAUUAAUGAAAGGGGAGGUGAAAGAGCACUCCAGAGGCCUCAGCCUCAGCAGAACUCCAGGCAGCCAAAAGAAGGAAGAUUAUUGGGGUUCAUCCUUGAUAGAGUGAAAGAUGCCCCAAUGGGAGAUGGGGCCAUCCGACUGACAGGCUACCACCAAAAAACUGGCCAGGUGAUUGUCAGCAGGGAUUCUGGACUGAACUACUGCAGUGAUUCUGUCAGAUCCAACAUCAAACAUGGCUACUUUGUGUUUGGAGAGCAAGAGGUGACUUUCUGGGAUGUUGUGCCACAGCAGGACAUGAUUCUGGUUGCUCGCUUUUACCAUUGGCCCAGUGGGACUACUGCACUCAACCCCUGGGACAAAGGAUCCAAGCCUCAGCAUCAGCCACUACUACGGAGUGAGGAGUGGCUAGCUGCCUGGGCUGUGCUUGAACUGACCAAACUGCCCGAAUCCCAUAAAGUGAUGCUUACAGGUGCAACGAAGCAAGGGGAGCCUGGACUGCCUAUCUGGAACACAGGCACCCAUACCCUGACUUUGUACCAUGGCCCUGUGCCUCCUGUAGCAACCUUGGCAGCCAUGUCCACAGAACAAAAGCUCCAGGACUUCAAGAUGUAUGGUGAUGCCACCUUGAGGCUGCAAAUCUUUAGUACCCAGAAACCAGAGCUACCUUUUCCACCAGAGUCACCACUCCUACUUGAUCCUGCAGAGACCUGGCCCCACGAAGCUUUCAUCCAUCAUGUCAGGGAGACACCCCCUCUGGAGCCCUUCCAUUCUGGAGAUGGCUUUGACUUGUACAUUGAUGGAGCCCGCUUCUUACCUGAUGAUGUCACUGUUACCAAGGUUACGGCUCGCAUCUUCACCAGUGGAUUCCACCAAAUUGGGCCAGAUAUUUCCACAGGGAUUGACUUGAAUAGCAGCAUAUUUGACCCCUUUUACAACUACUCGAUUGAAAUCCGAGAGCUAGUAAUAACACCUUGUGCGACUCUCCUAUUGAAGGUUUAUUCCACUGAUCACUCCAGACUUAUCCUGAUUGGCUGGGCAGCUCUUAAUCUUUUUGUGGAAUCUGGUACACAUACAGUUCCGGAACCAGGAGCCAAGGGUAUCCAGGUCUCUCUGAAUGAUGGUGCUCACCAGCUCCGCAUUUUUCACAACAGCCCCUGCCUAGAUCAGCCCUUCUCUACCCGUAUUGUGACCUCAACAGGACGGUAUGUGCCCUGUGCAACCCUGCUGGUGAGGAUCUCCAAGGCUCCUGUAGAUUCCAGCCAUCAAACCUUGCAAAGAAACAUAGUCCCCCAGACAAACUGGGCCAAACUGGGCCUCUUCCAGCCCCGGCCUGACUAUUCUGAUGGAGUUUAUUACUCAGACUCAGCCAAACCCACUGCAGGAGAAAGUUGCUUCUACAAAGCCAUGGCAAACAGGUCUGUCAUUUCAGUUCGAGAAAUUGUUCACCGCCUUGCUGGACAUGACAACAGCCUAAGCACAGAUGAAGAGCUCUCUGCCUGGAUCCACCAGAAACUAAUCCAGGUCCCAGGAAGCAGCCCACAGCCUUUCAUCCUCACCUAUGUCUCCAAAUACAUCCCAGCCUAUGGUGUCAAGUUUGCAGUGGACAGAGCCAUGAACUUAUCCUGGGCUGGUUUGACAAUGGCCCAUUUCUGCUUCAACCCACCUGGGGCAUUUUACUUUGGGAAUCAGUGGCUGAAGUAUGACUACCCAAUCUUUGUUGAGGAGCUUGACAUAAACAGCUACCAGAAAUGGCCUGCAUGGCUUGAUGGCUUCAAGUCCUGUCCCCACAGGGUUUACCAUGAAUAUUCAACCGUGAUUAUCCACCUGUAUGAAAGUGUGGUGAAUCCAGCUCAAGGUCUUUGGGGUCAAAAUGAAGAUGUUCACACAGCACAGAGAAAGAUCAUGUUGAGGAAAGAACAGUUUCGUCACACUGUGGGAAGCGAGGCCUGGACUGCUCUCCAUGUAUUCUCCAGAGGUUACUGCAACACUGGCAUUUACCAACUGCCCUUAUACCAAGGGUCUCCCAGCCAGAUAAUCCUGGCUUCCUUAGCCCAAGGGAAAUGCAGCAGCAUUAUGAACAGCCUACUCCAUAAGAAAGUGAUCCUGUUGGUGCCAGGUGCAUCUGUAAUUGUUCGUAUAGCUGAUGGAAGAUGGGAUGAACUCAGAUAUACCAAACAGGACAUUGAUCAAUCCUACCUCCCAAAGAAAGUUCUAGGUCUGUACAGCAAGGAACCCUCUGGAGUCAAAAUUGCAGAAUGCAUGCCUCAGCAGACGCAGAAACAGACAAGGCUGUUUGCUUUGGAACAUAUUUAAAGGAGAGCUGCAAGGCAUUUCAGUCAUAUAUCAAAAGAACCAGCAAGAAACUACACUCACAUGCUUUACUGUGAGCACCUUGCAUCCUAGGUCAUCAAGAAUCCAGCUAUGUCCAACAGAUAUUGCAGUCUUGUUUCAAUGUGUGCCUAUGCUCUACCCCUUAAACAUUUGCUAGAAGCUACAAGUGCUUUUACUUCAUAGUUUAUUCUUCCCAUCUUCUUGCUUGCCUUAAAUCUCAGCCAUUAAUAUUGUUAGUAAUUGGAUAAAUACAACAUUGUUUCAGAGCCAUUUUUUGUCACAGUGUGUGCCCCCAUGCAACAUCUAGUUGCUGGAGCAGGGGUUUUUGAACAGCCUUUGAGCAAUUAGGCAACUGCAUAUUAAGGCAGAUGGGGGAGCUGUAUUCCAAUGUUCCUUUCACAGGUUUUAACAGGCUGUCCAAACCGGCCCUAGAAUCUUUCAAAAGCCCAAAAAGAAACCCCCAAUCUGCUCCUUGUAGUUUAACAAUUAUACACCUGGUCUACCAGACUUAUCUAGGCCACAACUGUCCCAUAAGUACUGCCUUAUGAAUUUUGCUGCCCUGGUGGCAAGCCUUGGAACAGCAUUUUUUUACUGGCACCAAGUCAACAGAACUGGAUACAAGGCUUGAUGAUGCAGGUUUAAGCAAUAAGGCACUGUUGAUGU